AUGGCAGAGCUCUCGGACGAGCGCAUUCAUCGGCUAUUGACUGAAGCUGAGGAUCGCUUGGCAGCGACGCCGUAUCACGAUAUCACGACCGAUGUUGGACAGCCCACUCUGAAGCUUGACAGCCCGUCUCUCGUUGUGGGCGCAAAAGGUGGCAUCGCACGGCCUCCUCAACAGAGGUUAGCGGUCCGAGAUGCCCACCAGACAAACCCCAAGGUAUGUUACCAACCUUAUCUUCUGCUUCGCGAUUUAUUUUUGUGUGAUGACAAGCUACCCAUGCUUUACACCAUUGAUGUGGCAAAUAAGUUGGACGACGCUGGCCAAGGGUGGUUCGGCCUCCCGAAGACUGAUCCGAAUGAUAAGGAAUUCAAGAGAGACGUGCAACUUCUGCAGAUGCGCGGAACAGCAUUGGACCCCUCACGGCAUUAUAAGAAGGAAUCGCUGAAAGCCAAGAUGCCACGCUACGCGCAUGUCGGGCGCAUAGUAGAGGGUCCAACUGAUUUUUACAGUUCUCGGUUGAACAGGAAAGAGAGGAAGAUGACCCUGGUUGAUGAGUUACUGGCUGCCGAAAAAGCUUCCGGGAAGUUCAAGGCCAAGUUUAAUGAUAUACAGGGCCGCAAGGCUAGUGGGAAAAAGGCUUCCUAUAAAAGAUUCGUCUCACAAAGACGCCGGCGCAACUAAGAUACCCAAUUGCUUCAUGAAUCAAAGUUUCAUUC